UAGAAAGCCCUUAGGUAAACAGUAACACGCCGGAGCUGAGAGCGAGCGUGUCUCACUUUGUAUACAAGUGUUUGCCUUAAAAAUAAAAUUAUCAAGUGUCGGACUUUAAUGUCUUUGUGUACUUCUAAAAAAUAAACAAACAAUUUAAAAUGUGUAGUGUAAAAGGUAAUUUUUUCCGACCAUGGGACAGUGUCGAAGAGUCAUCGGGAUCGCUGUCUGAUAACCUGAGUCCCAAUAUUAAAAGUGAAUAUGAAGAAGAAAAUAAAAGUGUUUCAUCGCGAAGUGAUGAUUCACCAGAGAAUGGUAGUUUAGAUAUGUUAUCAAAUUUUGUAUUUAAUUCCUCCCGCGACUUGAAUACCUACGAAGGAUCAAUGGAGAGGACGACUGAGAGGACGACCAGUUCGCCUUGUGACUCUUGUCCGUCAAUAGCAUCACCAAAUUCAGCAUUUACACCCACGUAUACUCCAAUUUGUACGGAUUAUUUAUCGGCACUCGGAAGUAAUCCAAUUAUGUCUUAUGACGCGACUGUUAAUCUACUGCAAUCACAAAUUUAUUACCCUGGUCAUUAUCCAUCAGUUGAGGAAGCUGUUCGAUUGAUUCAUCAACAAGACAUCGCUGCCAAGCAAAUGAAAAAGCUGAGACCAAAGAAAUUUCGUUGCGAACAUUGCAAUGUUGCUUUCAGCAACAAUGGGCAGCUUCGAGGACACAUCAGGAUUCACACUGGAGAAAGACCUUUCGAAUGCGACUCCUGCGGUAAAAAAUUCACAAGAAACGAAGAGCUGACCCGACACAAAAGAAUUCACACGGGAUUAAGACCACACGCGUGUGUUAUUUGCGGAAAACGUUUUGGCAGAAAGGAUCACUUGAAAAAACACACAAGAACACACGACAAUCGCGGACCAUUUCCGCUGCCACAUCUCGGGGCUUUUGGACAUCCAACUUUACUGUCACCUUAUUUUUACUCUCCAUAACGACCUCUAGUUUGAAUAAAAAAUUAUUUUUGCAAUAUGUACAGUGUUUAUAAUUAGUCCGUAAAAUGUACAAACUCGAUAAAUUUAUAUUUAACUUUUAGUAAAAAAAAAAAAUAAAUGUACAAAUUUAAUAACCAACCGCCUUUUCAAAAAAUUGAGACAAUGAUAAUGACAAUUUUGAUACACAAAAUCAGGGAGUAAUUAUAUAAAUAAAAUAUAUAUGAUGUAUUUUUGAUAAACAUUUAAAUGUGAUAAAAAUAUUUGAUGUUUAUUGAGGCAAUUUUUAAAAAUAAAUAUGUAUAUAAUUGUAAAU